CCCUGUUUUAGUCAUCAUCGGAUGAGACGGAUAUCAUAUACUUUGUUCAUUCGGGAUGUGGAUUCUGAAGUAGGUGACUGUUUGCUUUUAAGCAUAUUCCGCAUUUUCUCGUUUUGUUUAGACUUCUGUCGCUUACUUAAUUGACUGAUUGAUUGGUUCACCUCCUUCGCCAAUGCCAAACUGCCAGGCCUGGAAGGGACUGAUGCCAAAACGGAUCAGUUUGUAACAAGGAAAUAACGUUUGUCUAAGAUUGGCUCUACCGCCUUCGUGACAUUGACCUUAAAAAGUGUCAUUGGUUAUCUUCCGGGUGCAACCUUGCUUUAGUGCUUGCCGCAUUAGUGAAUUGCCACAAGGAUUCGGACUGUCCCGUCAAGCAGGUUGUAUUGUCCUUUAUCAUCACCUGGGUGCAGUGCAUAUGAAUUGCUGUCAGUUCUAACUCUUCUAACUCAUGGACGGCUUGGAUUCGCUCUACGGCAAACCACUCUCCGACAUGGCAUCAUUGCGGUCUUCGAAAUUAAAUGAUAGUACGACCCUUAGUUCAAUCAGGUCGAGUCCGAGUAGCUCCCAGAACCGUAAAUACGGCGCAGACGAUGACACCCAGCCACCAAUCGAAUUUGAGGAUACGUUUCAAAAAAGAACGAGUCAAGGGGUCGAAUUUGAAGAUGCGUUUAGAAGUCAACCAAUCGGGUUUGACCGUAGAUUUGGGUUGACGUGCAUUGUGCUGCAUGAGAGCCUCCACUCUGCUGCCUUCUACGUCCUUAUCCCUGGCGUUCUGUACAUGAAGGAAGGCGGGCCUUUGAAGUAUUCCGACAACCAGGCGGCUGUUAUCAUCCUCGUGUUUACGGGUUUGGCUUUUCUCCUUCCGCUGAUCGGUGGAAUCAUUGGAGACACAGUCCUGGGUCGCUACAAGGCAAUUCUCUUCGGCACGGUCAUCGAAUUCUUUGGAAUGGUCAUCCUACUAAUUUAUGCUGUCUUAGUCUAUGCUGGCGCCACAGGGAUAGGACCUGAGCUAUCUGUUCCGGUGGCGAAUUUCCUCUUCGUGACAGCUCUUAUCCUGAUUGCCCUUGGCAUGGGUUUUAUCAAAGCCAAUGUUACCACCUUCGGGGCUGGCCAGCUCUAUGACACGUCCGAUAGCGCCCAGAAGAUCCACUCUUACUUCAGAUGGUACAUAUUCUCCAUCAACCUUGGUAAACUGCUUGCAUUCUGCCCCAUUUCGUUGUUCCUCUUAAACUACGCUCCAGCCAUGCCAUCAAACGCAACCACUGCCAACUUGACUGCCAACAUGAGCCUCAUCAGUUCAGCUGUACCAAUUGAAGAACUCCGCCACAAUGAACUCUUAGCUGUUGGAGCAAGUAUACUCCAGGUUGUCUUCGUUGGUGUGGCCAUAUUCGUUUUUAUUGUGGGGAAAGCAAAAUACAAAAUGAUUGAACCCUCUGGUGGACAACACAUUAGUUACGUCUUCUGUUUCAACCAAGGGAAAGAAAUCCUCUAUGAACGCGAGCAUCAGGAAUACCACCAUGAAAUGAUCAUAUACAAACGCAUCGUGUUCAGGUUAACCAUUCUCAUGGCAGCCCUGUUUGCUAUGUACACCAUCUACGAAGCUGUAAUAUUUCAGAUGGUGUCAAUCUUCAUGUUGCAAUUCAAAGAGCUAUCCCAACCAGCCGGGUCUUUGCAUCUUCCCCUGACCUUCAUGAACACAUUCUCUACACUGGUCCUCAUCGUCUGUGUGCCGUUUCUGGAAUGCUUCUCUAAGAGGCGACUCUCGGCUAAAGACGUAACGGAAGAAGAAAUAGAUGCUGCGAUUGCGCAAUGGGCAAGAGAAAGUGAAAAUGGAAGUACCAAUCCCUCUGCGGCGGAGACACCAAACAGCAUCACGAAACUUUUUGGAACGCCGAAAAGAGGAUUUGUCAGUCUGAGUCGUCGUUAUAAUACGGAAGAAUUGAAUGAGGACGUCAGGCGACGAAUUGCUGAAGAUAUUGCUCUAACGAUCCGCAGGCGUGAUAUAUUGGUUCGAAUGGUCAUUGGCCUUGGGCUAGCAGCUUUAUGCAUCCUUUAUGCUGGUAUUUUAGAAUCCGUUCGAAAAAACUACGUUGGCUUGGGUAUCGAGAACCAGCCGUCUGUGUUCUGGCAGGUACCACAGUAUAUCAUCAUGGGGUUUGGAGAAAUGCUCGGAGGCAUAUCAGCGUAUGAGUUUGCUAGUAUGGAAAGUCUUCCAGGUCUGCAAGGCUUUACCAUCGGGAUGUUCAUUUCGACCUACGGACUCGGCAGUCUGUUUGCAUUACUUUGUUAUGCUGGAUUGUCUGGCUCAGUCAUGUAUCCAAAAGACCUCAACGAAAUCAAUAUGGAAUACGUAUGGUUCGGCCAUUUUGGAUUCCUCCUGCUGAUCACACUGGCAUUUAUCACCUUGGCACGGCAAUAUCACCAGGAGCACCCGGGCAGGCUGGAAGAGCCAAAGCGUCCUUACGGUGCAGAUGAUGACGAUGAUAAAUUUUAAGUGACACUAACCAGAUAGAUGAACGAUAUAUCAUGCGGAUACACGCCGAUAUGGAUGUAAACCCUCCCAAAUGGAUGGUGGCCAUGGAGGAUAUUUCGUUUUUAAACAUCAUCAGUAUCCAUUCAUAUUCCAGUGCAUUAAUCAUUUAAAACCAUAUUGCAAUUCUGGCAAUAAUGAUAUUAACAACAAUGAGCUGAGAGCUGAGCGUCAACUUGGAUGCCAUUAGCUACAUGAAUGUAAAUAAUAUAAUAAUAUCGGGCAACUGGAGGAAACCGCAGGAAACCUUUGCUGUCGAAGAAAAUCGCCCUCUCCAUCAGAUAAGUGUACCAGGACCGACCGGGGAUCGUGGUAGGACUGGGCAUGGGCACAUUUGGGUAGAGCAAAGCCGAAAACACAUGUUUGAGUAUUUGGUUUCAUUUUUAGCCCCAUUAUGCGUUCUGGAAA